AACGUGUACGUCAUUUUCACAAUGGCGGAGGCUGGGUGAGGAGGAGAGUGUGUGUGUGUGUGUGUGAGUGAGUGAGAGAGUGAAGCGGCGCCGUAAUCGUUAGAGCUGUUAUUGCCCGCAUUUACGUGCACGGUGCCCGAAAAUGGCCCUGAACCCCAGUGCGGUGGGGAGAAGGGACUCGGAAUGCACCAAGGCGGACGAUCCCCAGCCGGACUGUGGCGAACCCCCGAAGAAAUCAUCCGCCGCCUCGGCCACAGCCAAGCAAAAUGGCGAUCAGCCUGGAUGUGGAGACAGUGUAAUGCCCGAACAAGAAGCCCCUGAGCGGCGGAGGAGCGCGCAGGCGGACGCCCGGAGCUUCAGCGGUUCUCCCUUGCCGGGCCAGAGACCGAGCGAGGAGCUGCCACGGAAAAAUUUUCAGAUUCCGAGGAAGAUACGAGAACGGAAAGGCUUGUACCAGUUCCUGCCCCCCGACAGCCGAGAGUUUGAUGACCUCGUGAAGAUCGUCUCCUCGUUUUACCUGGACGCAUCCUCACGAGGGACCUUCUCGUACUGCAAAGCCAGGCUCAUUCACAAUGAGCUUCUGGAAAAGGAGUUCAUCGAGAAGCGGAGAGAGAUGAAGCAGGAGGGGCGCACGGAACAAGAGCUGACUGAGUCCUACUGCUUCCUCUACCCGGACAAAUCCAAGCUCCCGUGGGUCUGCGAGAAGGGUCUGUCAGUCGGGCACUCCAGGAUUACGACUCUAGGAAAUCCUUCAGUUGGUGUUUAUCUGUCCAAAUACUCAGAUCUGUUACAAAUCAAUCCCUUGGAUGUUGGCUCUGUUGGAGACAUAGUUGUCUUUAAAGUUAUGCGGGGCCGAAUUAAGCACAUCCACGAGAACAUGCCUAAGAACGCUAUCGAACCUACACCCAAGUUCGACUGUCACCUGUCAAGAAGUGCCAACCGGGUGACGUCUCUGCUGUCUUACAGAGCUUUUGAGCUCACACAGCAAUAUUUCUUUGAGUUUGCGUUCGAAGAGAUCAAGGCACGGCCGCGGCACGUCUGCCCCUACGCUGUGAUUUCCUUUCAGUACAAAGGCAAGGAAGCUGCAGCGGCUCCUAUGACUGCACACAGGUUCAACACUAUUACCCCUGAAGGAAGUAGAGGGAAAAGCUGCUACACUGUGUGGAGUGGUCCACUAGUAAACAAGGGCCAGGAGUUAUUCCCCAUCUGUUUACGAUCAUCCUCGCGCCCCUACCUUCCUUUCAAACUGCCUGAGAAACUGGAGGUGACUCGAGGUAUGCAGCUGGAUCAGGCGAAGCGAAAGAUUCACCCUUCGCUCUUUUCAUGGGACACCUACAGCGCUUCACGGGAAGUGAUGAAGUGUGGGAUGUCCUGCAGCCUGUUUGAGGUGGUGGAUGGGAAAGGCAAAGCAACCAGCGGCAGCCUGUCAGCGCUGGUCCACAAACUGGAAAGGGACAGGAUGGUGCUGGUGAAUUCCUUGUUUGACAGGGGCUUUCUCUUCCUGCUGUCAUCAGCUCAGAUGAUCGAGUCCAAAGAGCGGCGGGGGCGAGUGGAGAAGAACCUGCAAGCAUUAUUCAUCUUUCAGGAGUCAAGGAUGGUUGUCAAGUACUCAUCCAGACUGUUGGAGCGUGAGCCGCUGUCUGGGGAGCCCCAGCCUGCUAUCCUGUCCUCCGUGGAGCCUUUCAUCCCUGCUCUGCACUACUCCCUUUACAAGUUACGUCCCAACCCAGGCAAGGACCUGAGCUUAGGGGUGGAACGACAGGCCACGGACUACCUAACUCGUGUGGAUGCAGGCACAGUGCGGCCGUUCAUUCUUCCCGACUACAAACACACCGUAGAAGAAAGGACCAACCCAGUGCCCCGGCCCAAAUUUAACAUGGAAGCCGUGCUGCGCACAUAUGUUCACAGUCCUGUUAACUACAUGUUACCUCUGAACAAAGUGAAGGAUGUAAUAGAAAAAAUACGGAACCCCACACCUGUACCCACACCUACUCCCGCCCCAGUGGAAUACAGCCCCGUUUCCGACUGGGGCGGCUCAGACAGGGGCUCGGACAGGGUAGAAAGACUCCCAGAAAGGCCGCCUCAGGAAAGGCCACCUUUAGAAAGACCGCCUCAGGAGAGGCCAGCACAGGAAAAGCCUCGAAGGGCAGGAUUGGCACACUCUAACGGGGCCCAGCCGCAGCACAAGUCUCACAUAGAUCCCGCGCCUCAGCAGCCUCAGAAGCUGCGACUGUCCCAGAAUGAGUACGAUAAAGACAAGAUGAAGCAGCUGCUCAAGCUCAUCCAACUCCAUAAGAAAGCAGUUGUGAAGGAUCCUGGCAAGCAAAAGGGAGAGGAUGGCGCUUGGGAUGAAAACAGUCUGAAGAGGAAGUUGGAGGGGGAUGAGAGGUUGGGCUUGAACAAACGUGCACGUGAAGAUGCACUGAGCAACGGGGAAUCCAGUCGAGGAGCCCAAGCUGACGAGAUGGGAGAUGACAUUGGACAGAGCGACAAUCUGACAGCAGUGAUGGAAAGCAUGGGCAUCUACGACACCGACCUGAGAGCUCGAGGUAACACCAACGCCUCAGCAGUCAAUGAGACCCAGCGCCUCCUCAAGAUCCUUUUGGCCACUCUCAACAAAGCCGUGGCUCAGGGUUCCAUGUCUUUACCGCCAAACCACGGUGAAUCGUCGACUGGCUCAGGAAGGGCGGAAGCUGCUUUCCCUGACCCAAACCUUCGGAAACAAAAUGAGCCAGCAUUACUUACUAACUACACAGAGGUGGAUAUGGACUGUAGCCCUGGUAGUCCAUUCAGUCCGGGUUCCCCACCAGAGCAAGCUCACACCUCAAAUGACCCAACAUGGGUAAACCCCGCAAAUGAAGAAAUAGCACAGCCUUUCCUUGAGCCAAAGCCUGAGCCACAGCCAGAGGCCGUGACAGCGGUGAAAAGCUACCAGGAGCAGAAGACGCCCGCAGACGUCGAAAUAAAAAAGGUGGCUGCAGCAACCACGUUACCUAUCACAGAGGAAGUUCCCUUCAGGCCCUCCAUCAGCCUGGACACCAUACUGAGCCAGGAACUUCACAGUCUUACCUCUGACAUUAAAAACAUUAUGCAGGCUCAUCACAUUUGCUACACGUCAAGGCGACCAGUAAGGUUGCCUACUUACCACUCCUGGGUGCCCAACACCGGCUUCUCAGACUUUGUUGUACCUUACGUCGCCCCUGUUCCCAUUCAGGGGCAUGUCAAAGCACUGUGCGAUAAGAUGGACAAGUUGAUCCCACCUGCUCCCCCAAAGGCUGCUUCCCCACCUCCCCCAGUGACAACUUCUAAUCUUACAACACCACCCCCAACCCCAGCAGAGACUCCAAAAACGAAAGCAGAGCCCUCCCAGUCAAAGAGCAGCACUCCCUCUCACAGCAGCAAAGGUCUUUCUGUUAAAGAGGCAGCAACAAUGAAGACCAAAACAGAAGCCCAGUCUACAGAGUUGGGGGGAGAGAUGUAUUCUCCCUCUCACGUCACUGCAGAUUCUCCAGAGCGUAACUCCCAGAACCCAGGCGCCGCCUCUGGGAGCGGGUCAGGCCUGCUGGCCGGCAGCCUCAUCGGUCAGCUGAAGCCUGAGGUUUUCAGCAGCCUGGUGGAGAUCUUCAAGGAUGUCACCAAGAACACAGUCAAGUUCUACAUCUACUCCGGGGAUGAAGCGGAGGAGAGCACUGUCUGCAAGCAGAUUAAGGAGUACUUGAAAAGUCUCGGCAACAGCGAGUGCAGUCCACAGACGUUUCUGGAAAACAGCGGCAGUUUGGAUAAGCUCCUCAUCAUCAUUCAGAAUGAGGACAUAGCAGCGCACGUGCACAAGAUCCCGGCUCUGGUGUCUUUGAAGAAGUUGCCUUCAGUGAGCUUCGCUGGAGUUGACACUCUGGACGAUGUCAAGAACCACACUUAUAAUGAGCUGUUUGUGUCCGGAGGCUUCAUGGUGUCUGAUGAGUUUGUACUCAAUCCUGACCUCAUCACACCUGAUCGCUUGCAAGGGCUGCUGAAGUUCUUGGAGGACCAGAGCACCCCGGAACACCCUUGGCAGUGGAAGGUGCAUUGCAAGUCUCAGAAGAAGCUCAAAGAACUGGGGAGGAUAAACACCAAUGCCAUGGGACUGCUGAACCUUCUCACAGCCUAUCAGAAAAAGCACCUUGUCGAGUUCCUCCCGUAUCACGAGUGUGACACCCAGUCGCGUCAGGCUCCAGAUCUGGAGUGCUUGAUCAAGCUCCAAGCACAGCACACACAGCAGCGGCACCUUAUCUUCCUCACAGAGAGGCCAUUUGAGAUGUUCCUACAGUACUCAAGGAAUGGAAUAGUAAUUGGAAGCAUUGAUGACGUGAUGAGCGGUUUCCACAGCCUGAUUGGCUCCAUUAAUCAGAAUGAGCUUCCAACGCCGCCCUCUACUGUGAAUGAUGAGUGUGGGCAAGAGGAGGACAUGUCAUUAGACUCAGAUGAUGGUGAGCCACUCUCCACGUCGGAACCCUCAGAGCAGAAACAGGAACUUGGGAAGGGGAAGCCUCCACAGCCGCCACCGCCAGAGUCGGACGAGUUUCGUCCUCCGCUCCCGGACAUGGCCACUCCAGAGAGAACUCCCACACUUUCUGACUACAGUGCUCUCAAAACAGCCAUCUCUCAGUUCAAAGCUUCAAACCAGAUGGGCAUCUGCUCUUCAGACAUUGGCAGCUUGUCCCCGGGAGGUUUUCCUGUGAAUCCUCAUCAGAGCUUUCUCUGUCCUUCAGCCUCCUGGUCGUCCUACACCGGUUCUUCUAGCUAUGCUGCCUCCCCUGCUUACCCUGCCUCUCCCUGCAGCAGCACACACGAACAGGAAUACCGCCCACCUGCCUCCACCACAGUCCCAACCCCACCCAUCAUGGCCACAGUAGGACCUCUAGCCAACCUGUCUUCCCUUCCCUUGGAGGUCAAACCUCCCCCUCCGCCUCACCUCAUGAUGCUGGGCCACACGUAUGGCUCAGAUACAGGAGGAGCAGGGACUGCUGGGAACUCUCCCCUCACCACCUCCCUCCCUUACACAGAACAUAGUGACUCACCCCUGCCUGGUUACAUGGCUGGCAGUGCGAGUCGGACCCCCACACUACAGGAAAGGACACUCAGUGGACCUGGGGAGGGAGUAUGGGGGGCAGCAGGGAUCAGCACUUGUGAAACUGCUAUCAACCAGGGUGUGAUCACAUCUGGCCCACUGGACCCCAGUGGUCUCCCUAAAACUGGGGAAAUCCUCAGUGGUAGCACCCCUGGUAGUCAGGGGUGCAGGACUCAGGUGAAUUGCACUGACAAACUUGGACCCUCGAUUGGAGUUCCCCCAGUGGCCAGCAGGGGGGGCUCUAUAGUAAGACCUAAGCUGCCUCCACACUUAAUGGGCUAUGGUAGUAUAGGUGGCAUCCAUGGACAGAUGGAUCAUGGACCUAUGCGGGGUGGUAUGGGAUAUCGAGGGAGAGGAGCCCCACCUGUAGGACUUUGGCCUCGGCCAGGACGAGGACAUGAUCGGGGGGGUGGGACUGGAGGUGGACCCUGCUCUUGGGGUUACCCAGCAGGUAGGGGCGGGCCUCGGGAUUACUAUCCGGACUAUUCUUACACUCACAAUUAUGCUCCUGAAUAGACAAUCAACAUGAUCAAAGGGGCAACACAAACACCAUACUACGAGACUAUUAAAGCUGGCUGAAUGUAUAUAUUUCCUUGUCAUAAAAACAUUGAUUUCAAUCAAUAAAUAAGGCUUCUGGUUUUCUACAUUAAUAAAAAUUUAUACAGGCAGAGCCGAGUGUCUUACUGUCCUGUGAACUGUACGUACACUAUUUCCAUGUGAGCUAUUUGAGACCCUGUCCAAACCACUAUAUUUAUAUUUGCCUACAAAUGUUUAUGGCCUUCCAGCUUCUCGGAGUUUAUCAUGUUAUUUCUGUUCGUCCGGUUUUGAAACGGUUUGUGAACAAGGGGAAAGGCUGAUAUUUUUUUAAUGAAAAAAAAACAAAAAAACUAGUGAAUGAAAUUUCACUUUUGCUGUUGGUUUUCUUUUUUUAUUUUACUUACUUGGUUGUCCAAAAUUCUAUUAAAAUAAAACAUUUCAAAUCUUGUUUGUGUGACCAGUUUGGAGACGGUGUCAAACAAACUAUUAAAAAUAUAAAUCA